AUGCGGAUCUUCAUCGCCCUUUUGCUAGCCGCCAUGGCCCAGCUUGCCCUCGGGCACCUCCCCAAACAUCGCUGCCUCAUGUAUCUCACAGGACAACAUCCCGUGGUGCCGGAAUACCGCCUCACCAAACAUAUUACCCACGUCGCCCUCGCUUUCCUCAAUUCCAACCUCUUCAACGAGGAUCAGCCGCCCGAGAAGUGGCCCAUUUUCGCUACGCCCGAUGACCUGAGGGAUAAAUUCCACCCGGGCACCAAGUUCAUCGUUGCCGUGGGUGGCUGGGGAGACACGGCAGGCUUCGACAUCGCUGCGCGGGACGAGGAGUCGCGGGAGAGAUGGGCGAGGAAUGUAGCCAGGAUGGUGGAGGAGUUGGGGGCGGAUGGGGUCGACGUGGAUUGGGAGUAUCCCGGAGGCAACGGGGAGGACUACAAACAAAUCCCCAACUCCCAAAAAGCCUGGGAAAUCCCCGCCUACCCCCUCCUCCUCCAAACCCUCCGCACCCACCUCGGCCCCACCCCGCUCAUCACCGCCGCCGUCCCCGGCCUCGAGCGCGACAUGCUCGCCUUCACCCCGACCACCGUGCCCCAGAUCCUCCCGUCCAUCGACUUCCUCAACGUCAUGACCUACGACCUCUUCAACCGGCGCGACAACAUCACGAAGCACCACACGGGCGUUCGGGCUUCCAAGGCCGCGCUGAGGGCGUACAUGCGUCGCGGGGCCGACGCGUGUAAACUGAACCUCGGCUUUGCGUUCUACGUGCGCUGGGCGCUGACGGAGGGGGCGUGCGAACGGGGGAAAGAAGUUGGGUGUCCGACGGGGUUGAUGGAGGAUCCCGUCACGGGAGGUGAUCUAGGCAGGGCCGGGGCUUUUAGCUAUCAUGAUGAAGUCCCCGCCGAUUUGAAGGACUCCUAUGAGAGGGCCCUAAGCGAAGGGACGUACGAUGAGAUCGGUGGCGGGUAUUACUACUGGGACGAGGAGGAGAAGAGGUUCUGGACGUUUGACACGCCCGAGGCAAUCGCACCCAAGUUCGAGGUGCUUGUGAGGGAUUUGGGGCUGGGAGGGGUGUUUGCCUGGGGGUUGGGCGAGGAUGCGGAUGAGUUUCGGCACUUGAGGGUUGUGGACCGGGAGAUGGGGAGGCUUUGGAGGGAUCGGGAUGAGGAGCGGAGGGAGCUGUGA